AAAUUGUCCAAAUACUUUCGAUAAAUUUUCUUGAGUACCAAAGUAAUUCUAUGUUUACUUUGUAGGUUUCAUAAUAAAUUUGAAAAUAUGUACUAAAGGAACAUAUUCGUUUCCAUAAACAGUUCUAUAUUUAAUGUAAAUUGUUAUUUAUUAUUUAUUUUCAUCAAAUCGAUAUUUUGUGUAUAUUUUAGUAAGAUACUGAGGAAUCAUGAAGCUUGAUUCAAAUAAUAAGAUGAUAAAUAACGACAGUGGCGCUGAUACACCAGAGGAGGUUGUUGACGCAAGACAAAACGCAGAGGAUAUUAUCGACGGUAUUCUCGCAGACUUCACAGAGUUCGUAUCGCCAGAUGCUGCUCGUAACGGGAGUGUAGUGGCAGAGAAUUUAUUUGGAAUGAUACAACCCCCUCGAACGAGGACACCGGCUAAUUCUUUCUCCGAAAACGCGACUAUCGACGAUAUUGACCCCUCGUCUGAUCUUGGAACGUCAAUACGGAACAAGUGUUUGGAGCUGGAAGAGAUUCUGCAGAGCCUCAAAUCAAGGUUGAAUCAUGUUGUUUUAGACGAAAACAUUGUGCUUAGCCCUGAGGCCAAUUCAUUGGAAGCACAGUUAGAACAUGAUCUGGAUACAGAUUGUCAAGAAGAUUUGUCACUUCAAGAGUUUCUUGAGUUGUUGCAUUCACAAAAUAAAAUAGGUUCAACUGGUGUACAAUGAUCACUUUAUAUUUCAAUGUUUAAGUAGAUAUUUAAGAUACAAAAUUUUACAUGAAUUUAUUGUGUGCAAACAUGCAGUUAGAUUUUAUUGAAAAGUAUAGAAUUAAAAUUUCAGGCCUAUUGUCUGGUGGUAUUAUUGGCGUGAUAGACUGUUGUAUUAUGUAAUUCUUUCACUAACAAUACUUAUUUUAAAAUUAUUAAAAGUAAAAGUAACAACUUGUGAUUAUCUUGGUACUUUAGUGGUGUCUCACACACGGAAUGUAAACAAUAUGAUAUAAUAAUGACAUAAUUUGUUACUGCAUUUAUCAAAUGGUAGACAAUUACUAAACUAUUACUUUAAAAGGGAAUUGUUAGUAUUCAAGCUGUAUUAUAUACCAGCUUCCGUUCAGGAUCUAUUGAUUGAUAAUAUCUCAAUCUCUGAAAUAGCUAAUAAUUUGAUUACAAUUUAUCAUAUAUUGUUUAUAUAUUGAUAAUAUGAAAAAGAAAGCAAAUGAAAAUAAUAAUGAAUACAGUGUAAUAAUUGUAACUUUUAUAUUUCAAUAGUUAAAUGCAUGUGUAUGGUGUGUGGUUGUAAAUUUAUUUUAAUUUAGCCUAGGAAUUUCUUUAUUUCAUAAUUUUUUAUUUGUAGCUUUAAUUGUAAAGAAAAAUAGUAAAUACUUUUAAUAAAUCGAUUUAAUAAUUA